AUGGCGGACUCAGGAGGGUCUGCACCGGUGUAUUUGGUCAUCAGCAACAUCCCCGCCGCUUUUCGCUCAGCGGACCUCAGAAAUUAUUUCAGUCAGUUCAUAGAAAGCGGCUGUUUUCGGUGUUUUCACUAUCGACACCGGCCGGAGGUUCUUAAGGAGUCUGAGGGUCAAAACCCGGUGUGUGAUGGCAGCGAAGAGAGCAGCUCCAAACCCCCGGAGAGCGACCGAGGAACAAAAAAGCAGCAGGCGGUGAAAACGGGCUGUUGUGUGGUCUCAGUUCAGGCUGAAGAGGCCGAGAGAUUCAUCAAGAUGUAUGCGGGGAACCACUGGAUUGACUCGAAGGGCAGCUGGCUGUCCAGACGCUGUGUAAUCAGAAGAGUAAAAGUCUCACAUGAAAAUGAUGAGGAGUCAUUCCGCUAUAAGACAAAGUAUGAGCAGCGGCACCGGUCGUCCUUAACAGAGCGUUUCACAGAGGCGGAUCUCAGAAGCUUAUCUGAACUGAAUCCGCCCUCUCUGAUGCCUAAUGGAAAUGUGGGAACACCAGUGAAAGUGUUCCUCCAGCUGAUCCAGUCCUGUCGCCUGCCUCCUCGCCUCAUCAGGAAGUUAGGCCUCACAUUCCCCAAGACCAGCUGCAACCGUCGUUACGGCAACGUGCAUUUCCAGUAUCAGGACUCUUACACGUUUCCAGCCACAGAGGAAACUGUGCUAACAGCUGGUGGACAUGAAAUAUCAGGGCCAGGCUCUUUUGCUGCACCAUCCGCUGGACGCAGACUUCUGGCUGAUCACACAGAAACAACAGAGACUGAUGAGCCACAAAAAGAAGUAGAGGAGGAGGAGGAGGAUGCACAGUCAAAUGCAGAUGAUGAUGAUGACCGCUGUGAGGAGUGGGAACGUCAUGAAGCUUUGCACGAUGAUGUAACGAGCCAGGAGCGAAGCAAAGAGAGGCUGUAUGAAGAAGAGAUUGAGUUGAAGUGGGAAAAAGGUGGCUCGGGUCUGGUAUUCUACACUGACGCACAGUACUGGCAGGAAGAGGAAGGAGAUUUUGAUGAACAAACGGCAGACGACUGGGAUGUUGACAUGAGUGUCUACUAUGAUAAAGAUGGAGGUGACAUGGAUUCCCGUGACUAUGUCCGAAUGCGGUAUGAAAAGAGGCUGAGGGACGGUCUUGAAGAUGGAUCAGGACACAAUCAGACUAUCGGCAGCUUUGAGAGGUUCACUAAGGGUUUUGGUCGUCGUGUGAUGGAGAAGCAGGGCUGGAAGGAUGGUGAAGGCUUGGGGAACAGUCAAAUUGGGAUGCCUGAAGCCCUUGAGAGCGAGGGCCAACAUCCAAACUGCAAACGGGGGUUCGGGUAUCAUGGAGAGAAAUUGCCCUUACAUCUUGGAAAAAAGGCCAGACCAAAUUUCCAUAUAACUACAGUGUAUGAUAAACCCAAAGACAUAGAUGAAGGUGACACCUUGCUCAGACGCCAACCAAGCACCAGCAUGAAGUACAGAGGCUGGACGCCAGGUGGCACCAUUGGACCACGAAGAUGACAUUAAUUCAGUUAUUAUUUUGUGUUUAUGACUGUAUAUAU